AGAAAAACAUAUCAAAAAACCCCAAAGAGUACAAAAACUCACAAAAACAAAAAAAACAAUGUUCAAUCUUUUUCGUCGCCGUGGUCGGCGUUCUUCCAAAGAAGAAAAACAAACAAGAAAAAAUGUCACAAAACCAAAUGAAUUUACUGCAAAUCUCAAUUCCGCCACUAGCAACGAUGGCAACGUCGCCGUCGAAAACAUCGUCGACAACGACAAAUCUCAAAAGCCAAAUUUUCUAAAACAUAGCGCAAGCGCUUUCGAAUCUAAGGUAAAUUUAGAUUCCACACAAGUACGACUGCGACGAAAAGAGUCGACGCCGCAGCAAAAAAGUUUACUUAAUUACCAUGAAUACGGCGAUAUUGUUGGUGGUGUUGUUGUAAGUGAAAAUAGUACCAAUAGUCGAAACGAAGGUGCUGAUCCGCUGGGACAGCGACAACGACGACGAAGUGACAACGACAACGGCGACGAUCAAAGCAGUGAUCAGCUUAAGAAUCAAUCAAACGAAAAACCUGCCAAACGUUCGAAGGACAAAUCGUCUUCAAAUCGAAGAUCAAUUUUCUUCAGGCAUUUUCAUACAACACCACCACAGCCAGCACCAAGUGAAAAUCGCUACCAACAGCUUGACGAGGAUCAUCCUGAGUUUUUCAAUGAAACAGUCACAGGGACUGUAGAAGAAGGGACAUCAUCAUCAAAAAAACGUUUCAAUCCCAUCGAAAAGGGGCGUGAACUCUUCAAUGACAUUCUGAUGGCCAAGGGACGUCAUCGUAAUCAUCGCAACCAUCAUCACAAGAAUAACAAUUCGAGUGGAGGUGGACAGCCAAGUGUUGCAAAAGUUAACCAGGACUCGAAAAAGGAUUACGAUUACUUAAAGAAAACCAACCCUGAGCAACAACAUACUUAUCAAAUAUCUCACAAAUCUAAAAAUACCGCCGGUCUACAAACUGCAGAUGGCGCUGCAGCAGCUGCUGCUCCGACGAGUGUCGUCGCGUCUGCUGUAAGUUCAGUCAAGUGCGCCGACUCCAUUAGUGAUAUAAAUAACUCGUUGAGUGCGCAAAAUCUGCCAAAAGAGAAGAAGAGAAAUGAAGAUGUAACAAUCAAUGAAAGCUCUAACCACAAUCAGACGGUUAGCGAACGCGCGUCCAUACAAGUACAUCGUAAGAACGCAUCGGACGACGGCGACAAUAACGUAGAAAAGAUCGUUGCAUUCGAAACAUCAGAAAAACAAAAAGAAGAAGAAGAUCAGAAGCGACUGGAAUUGAAAAGUGAUCGCGUCACAGCGUCUUUAAAUGUCGAGGAUCUUGACAAUCUCUCGGAAUUGACGGAAUGUGAUCGAGAUCGUUUCAUUGUCGAAACCACCAACAACACCACCAAUACCGGAGAAAUGGGUCAAUCCCAGGCGAAAUCAAGUGAACCAAGCGAACCGGUUCCGGUUCCGAAAUCAAGAUCAUCAUCGCCAUCGAUCGUUAGGGAAUUUCGAGAGUCACAUGUUGCUGAUAAUCAGCGGCCACCAUCGCCACAAAUCUCUUCUACCGCUGAAUUAGUUGUGCCAAAAAUUGUUGUCGAAGAUUUUGGCAAUGUUGCGGAAGAGGUGACGGGUAAUACCUCGGAAAAGGGCGAUGUUUUUUACGAUUCGGAAAAUAAUCGAAGUGCGCCAGAGGCUAAAAUCGAAGAUCACCUCUUAAAAGUACCCUCCGAAGAAGAUGAUCAAGAAGAAGAAGGUGAAGAUGAUGAAGAUUAUGAAGAAGAGGAAGAAGAUCAAUGGCAUUUUGUCAACAAUUUACUUCAGCAAAAUCCUUCGUCUUCUGUGGAAGGUGAAAAUUCCGCCACAAAUUAUCAAAAAGCUGAAAAUUCCUCCGACUCGAACUUAAGUAAUUCGGAUUCCGGCAUUGCUACAGCAUCAUCAUCAUCUUCAACAACCGUUCCGAAAGUCUUACUUUUAGAAAGUUGUGAUUUGGUCAAUGACAGAAGUAAAGAUCAAUCACCACAUCGAUUUCGUGAUGGUAGUUCAACAGAUUGUGAUGAAAAUCUGCCACUUUGUGAUGAUUUUGAUUAUUACAAAGAUUUGCCAACAAUUGUUGAUAGUGUCGAAGUUGUUAGUGCGGAUGAUAGUCAUUCGGGGAUACUUAUUGAAAGUAUAAGUUUGCCAGAUGUUGUUGUUGAAUCGACUACUGCGUCAUCAGCAGCUCAAAGUGUUUUGAAUAAAAAUAAUAAUUCAAGUGAUAGUGGUGAUCAUCAACAUCGGUCGGUUAAUGAAGAUGAAAAUGUUGACAAUAGUGAAAAUGUAAAAAUGGGUAAUGUUCAUUUUAUACCGAUACGUGUUGAAAAACGUCGAAGUAUUGAUGAUAGUGUGUUGAUGACGAAAUCGGCAAAUGGUGGUAAUUUACUUUAUAAUGGGCAACAGUACAAAGAGGAGAAAUCAACGUUGGUGAUAACGGCGGCAGAGGAAGAGGUUGCGGAUGAACAGGCUGCUAAAGAUGCUGCGAAAGCUGCUGCUGAGGAAGAGAAGCACAAGAAAGAAUUAGUUGACCAAGAAACCCAUUUCAACGCUCAGCUAGACGAUGCUCAAAAGAACAUCUACAAUCUUCAAUCAAAAGUGGAUGAAUUGCAAUCAAAGAUUGAUGAUUUGGAAAGAGAAUUAUCAGCCAAAUCAUGGAACGUUGAACGUCUCCAAGGUGAAUUGGGAGCUGCUCAUAAAGAAGAUGAAUUUGUUCGUCGAAAACUUAAACUUCUCGAAGAUGAAAAAACAACUCUUCGACAAAAAAGUUUCGAAACGGAAGAAGAUCUACAAAGAAAAUAUGACGAUCUCGACCGCCAAUACAAAGAGCUAGAUGAAAGGUACAAAGAAAUGAAAUUGUUAGCUGGUAAUCUACAAACACAAUACGCUUGCGCACAAACUGAAGCCGAACAAUGUCGCAAAGAAACAGAAGACUUGAGGCUGGAAAAAGAUGAACAGGUUAGAAUAUUGGAAGAAGCUCUGGCAACGGCUAAACAAGAACAAGAAGCAAUGCAAACAAAAUGGCACAAAGAAUUUGAAAGUUUGCGAACGCAAAAUGCUGAUCGUGAGGAAAGUCUUAUGAGUGACUGCGAAUGGCAAUUACGUCAAAUGCAAAAAACUUGUAAAGAUAAAAUCGACAAAGCCGAGCACCAGCGCAAAGAAGCCAUCGAAAGAAAUCAAAGAAUCCAAGAAGAAGCCGAAGAAAAACUUCACGAAGUCGAACAUUUAAGGUCUUAUGAAGCCGAAGUCAAGCAAUUGCGUGGCUUAACGGGUGAACAAGAAAAUUCCAUAAUAUCAAUGAGAGAACAAAUUGAAGAACUGAAGGCAGAUUUAGUUACUGCCAACGAAAAUCUAGAGGAACAAAUUGAAUGCGUUCGCAAGAUCAAGUAUCAGUGUAAUAACUGCUCUACACCCAAGUCUCUCCUACGUAUUAUUUUGACAAAUACUUCGCCUUUUAUUAGUGCCCUAUACGACAAGGAACGUGAAAUGUUACAAAAGAUCGAUGAUGUUCGAAAUGAAGCUGCAUCCUUAUGGGAAAAUAAAUUAAUAACAGAGAUGACAAGACUGAAAAUGGAACUUGAGUCCGUCUAUGUUGAUGAACGGCGUGAAGAAUUAGAUAAACUUCAAGCCGAACACAUAGAAGAACUGAAAGCACUCACAACAAGAUACACAGCUAAUGAGGAAGAAUUGAGAGCAGAGAUCUCAGAAUUACGAGCAUCUUUGCAACAGCGAAACGAAGAAUAUGCCAAUCUACGCGAAAAAUCUGACAAUGCAAUUCUACAAACAAGAAUGCAUUUGGAUCGAGCUGAUAGGGACUAUCAGACGGCCAUGUGUCGGGAGGAAGAAAAGAGAGAAACAUUAACUGAAUCCCUUAGAAAAGAACUUGAAGCAGAAAAACUUGCAAUGGAAGAAAAAUUCCGUGAAAGGCUGGGCCAAGUGCAAGAUGAAUUUAAUCAAGAAUUACAAACAUCUACACAGGAAUUGCAGGAAAAACAUAAAAGAGAAUUGGAACAACAAUGGCAAAGAUUGAUUGCUGAAAAAGAAGAAGCGAUCCACGAAGUUGAAGCGCGGCACCGUAAAAAAGUUCAAGAUGCUGAGGAUCGCCUGCACGAGGUUGAGACGCGUCACCAACAUAAUCUGAAGGACCUGAAAUUAAUGUAUGACAGCGAAAAAGCAUCACUCGAUAAGCGUGAUUUGAGCAACACAAAUGAAAUUGAACAAUUGCAUCGCAAAUGCAGAUGUUUAACAAAUUUAUUCGAAGAAAUGCGAAUGCGCUAUGAACGUCGCGAUCCACGUCCUGAGGAUCUUCGAGAAAUCGCUGAGUUACGCAGUCGCUGCGAAGCCCAAGAACGUGACAUCUUUGCAUUGACCGAUCGCCUGCGAGAUAUGCAAAUUCAAUUGGAAGAACUUCAAGGUGGUGGAGCGGGUAAAAAGAAGUCUCAGGUUCGAAAACCUCCACCAAAAACAAUUCCCACCAAUUGUGAUGUGAUCUAUGAGGAGAACGAAGAACGUGAAUCUCCUCCACCGCCACCACCACGUCCAAUGACAUCACCAAAUGGUCAUCUUGAUGGUGAAGCUGACGAUGAAGAUGAUGACGAUGAUGAAGAAGAAGAAGACGACGAUGAUGAGGAAGAUGACGAGGAGGUCUCUGAAAGUAGCCCAUACCAAAAAAACACCAUCAACGAUGAUGAUCAUCCCGCAACGAUCAUUAGUAAUAAGAAAACCAAUUCAUUGAAACUUUUAAAUGAGUCGAUUAUUUAGAUAAAUAAUUAAAAAAAACGACCAAAUAUUAAUUUUCGAAGUCGAAAAAGUGACAGUUCGUUAAAGGGUCUUCUGUGGAAGUAUUCGAACACUGUGACAGUUAAAAUAAGAUGAGCAUUAUGCAUGCCUCUUACUACCUAUAAUUUGAAUUAUUAUUAUCAUUCUGUUGUUAUUUAGUUUUUUAAAAGAAACUCAUUUUUAAAAAUUGAACAAAAUAACUAUAACCUCUUGCAGAACAAA